AUGUGAGAGAUGAACACCUCCCUGAAACAGGACCCAUGAGAAAACGUUUCCAUAAUUACACUUUUAAUGCAUUAUAUAUAUUAUGCAACUGAAAGUGGAUAGGGUUAGGGAUUAGGAUUUAGUGCAGUUGCAAAAUAAAAACUAAAAUUGAAUCAUACAUUCCAUUGUGAUGCAAAUGUGAUGUCAUCCCCAUUGAUACAAUAACCAAAGGUUCAAAGGUACACACUCCUGUGAUCUGUCAUCUCAUUGCAUAUGACAGGUAGUGAAUAAUCUCAGAAUCCUGUUUGAAUUAUUGCAGACACAGAGGCGAGACGCUGAGUUACUUGACCCCAUUUGAAAAUACAAAAACUGGGACCUCCACCCAGAAAGACAAGCACAAUUUAUUGAGGAAUUCUUGCUCUUAGGCAAAAUGUAUGGCAUGCUCAACAAAACUGGGGACCUCUCCCAUCUGCUCCAAAAGAAGAAAACCUAUCGAGUCAGGGAUCAGUUGCAGGUGAAUGUGAGGGAGAAUUUUGCCAACUUUCUAGGGCAAAGGUACAUGGAUAAAAGAAUACCGAGAAACGCAAAGUAUCAACACGUUAAAACCCGGUUGGACACAGGAUGCAGCCUCACGAAGUAUAUGGAAAGACUGGAGGAGAUUAAAAGAAAUUACAGGUAUCGUGCAGAUGAAAUUUUCAAGCGAUUAAAGGUGACAACAUUUGCACAAUUGAUACUUCAGGUUGCCUCUGUGUCAGAGCUGAAUGAUGAUGUUGACUCACACGGCCCGGAAGACGGUCUCUCAGUGUCUGACUCAGACCUGGAGUUUCUAUCCCAAGACGACAACAGCACCCCACACGCGUCGCCUCUUUCAGAUUGCCAGGAUGUACGCGACGCCAGGGAAACCUGCUACUCUGCCAGGUCAACGCUGCUGAGCGUUGUCAGCGGUGUGGGAGAGCGAGGCCUCGACAGGAAGAGCCAGAAGAUGGAGAGUGAGGUGUCCAGCUUCAAGCUGGCUGACAGGUCCUACCCCGACUGCCCCUACCUGCUGCUGGACGUACGAGACCGCGACCAGUACGACUGCUGUCACAUCAUCAGUGCACACAGUUUCCCCAUCACCAAGCUGUCUCGAACGAUGAACCCCUAUACCAAAGAAGUGCUGGAAUAUAAAAAUGCAGCAGGGAAGAUCAUCAUCGUGUAUGACGAGGAUGAGAGAAUAGCCAGCCAGGCAGCCACCAUCAUGUGCGAACGAGGAGUUGAGAAUCUGUUCAUGCUGUCUGGAGGUCUUAAGGUUAUCUCUCAGAAAUUUCCAGAAGGCAUGACGACAGGCUCCCUCCCGACCUCAUGCCUGUCCUGUCCCGCUUCAUCGAAGGGGAAGAAGAGCUCUGUGCAACAUCAGCAGGAGCCGCAGGCGGCAGAGAAAAGGUGGCGGUUUACAUCGGACGAGCUGGUCAAGAUCCAGGAGCAGCUGGACGAGAUGCUCAUCCCAAGUAACCCCAACAGCCGCAUGUCCAGCCGCAUGUCGACACUCAGCUCCCAGUCCAAUGCCUCUAGUGCUGGAAGUCGACUGAGUUCCUCUACCGCUGGGAGGAACAGUGCCAGGGUUCAAAGCAGCCGACCCUGGAAGUAACCCCACCUACCCUCAACCACAGAGAUACACACAAGCAAACAAACAAACAUACCUCCAACACCAAGUCCAUAUAUUUCAGGUUACAAGCCGCCUCACUGCAUUGCUUUGGAGAAACAUUAUUCCAACUCUUGACUGCCAAGGAGUGAACAUUGUAUGCGUGAAUGAAUAACUGUAAGUUUGGUUGAUGAAACUUGAGGCAUGUUUCAAUUACUUUGGAACCAUAUUUACAGUUCCAAAGGACUGAAGAAAGUUUGUUCCAAAUAAUACUUUGUGUAGACCAAGUCUAAAAAAAUCUUUUCACAGCUUACAGGCCUACUAAUGCGCUAAUGCUAGUCCAUUAGCUCUGCAUAAUAAUGCUGACUGAUGCUCAUGAAAUUUGCAUUUUUUAUGUUUUUUAAGGCUUUUCUGUGAUAUAUACUAUUAUAAUUGAUUGUGAUUAUUUUCCAGAUACCAUACCAACAUCCAUAUGUUCAUACACUCUUAAAUACAGCCCUGCAUCUUUUCAACUGUGCCUGUUACUGAUCAUCAGUAAAGUUUGAGUGGAACCAAGA